AUUAUCUGAGACAGUGCACAGCAAAGACAGCUAAUCACAGCAAACACUCAGGUCUUCAUAGAAGAUUCAUCAUGUCAGAGUCACCUGAGAUUGAGGAACUACCAGCAACCCAGACAGGGCCAAAAGGUGUCAUCCAUGAUUGGAGGAAGUUUAAACUUGAGAGUGAAGACCAUGAAAGUAUCCCUUCCAACAAGAGAGAGCUCCUCAGACAGAUGUCCAACCCUAAAUCCAGUGAUGACCCACGGGAAAAAGUGAACCGCAAGAUGAGCGUUCAAGAAUACGAGAUGAUCCAAGAAGAGGACGAACAGUGUCUCCGUAAGUAUCGCAAGCAGUGCAUGCAGGAUAUGCACGAGCGCCUGAGUUUCGGGCCCAAGUUUGAUUCUGUGUUUGAUCUGGAGAGCGGAGAGGCCUUUCUGGAUGUCAUCGAGAAUGAGCAUCGCCUGACCCUAGUGGUGGUGCACAUCUAUGAGGAUGGGAUAAGAGGUUGUGAUGCCCUCAACAACUGCUUGACUUGCCUGGCAGCCGAAUAUUCCACCGUCAAAUUCUGCCGAAUUCGAGCCUCAGCCACAGGAGCGGGUGAGCGUUUUUCAGAGGACGUUCUGCCCACACUGCUGGUCUACAAGGCUGGAGAGAUGCUGGGCAACUUCCUAUGUGUUACAAAGCACAUGAACGAGGAGUUCUUCGCCACAGACGUGGAGAACUUCCUAAAUGAGUACGGCCUGCUGCCAGAGAAAGAGUUUGCAGCAAGUCCUGAUGAAGAAGAGAAUGCCGAUGUGGAAUAAUCAGAAGUUAAUUACUUUAGUCAACCUGUCAGACCUAUUUCAGAGAUAGAAUGAGUAAUGACGCUGUGACUGCUGGGCCAUGAUUCCCACAAACACGCACACCUCAAGGCAUUUACUAACAGCUGAUUUACAGCAGUUUAAUACUUCAUAGUGUUAUCAAAGGCGCACAGUCAUGCUUGUUUCAUUAACCAGAGCUCCCACAAGUCUUUCAAAGACUUUUCCAUGACUGUUCCAGUAGUUUCUGAUAAGGGUUUUAAUGCCCAUUCAAAUCAAAUUUUCAAUUUUUGAAGCAGCUAAGUGGAAAAAAACCCUGAUUCAUUUAAUUAUUACUUUUGUAAGUCAGUUCUUUGCUCUUUACUCCACAGAACUUUAAAAAACUUAAGACCCACAUAUAUUGUGUAUCGCAAAUUGAUGUGACGUCUUCUCAAACAAUCAAAGCAAAAUUUAAUAAACCUCAUAGAAAAGUUUGCAUCGCAUGGUAAGCCAUUUUAAAACUAGAAACCUAAAGUUCGUUGUCAAACUUUGAUGUUGGCUUGAGAAAGCCAACCUGACUGCGCUAGGACUGGAAAUGGCAGUUGGCAGGAAGCACAGUGGUUUCUCAGUAUAUGCUAGGCAGCUGCUAAAAUGUUUAUGACAUUGGUGGUUGCUAAGCAUUUGCUAAAUGGCAACGCUCGUGUACAUGUUUGAUCAAGUGCUAAUACUUUGUAGACAUUUCUAGCAUAUGUUAUUGCACUUAGAUAAUCAUUAAUAGCUUCACUUAUCAUCGUUACCAAGCAUAGUACACAGGAAGUCCCAUUGCUAGCAUGAGUAAAUUGAAAUAAUACCCAGGUCCCUCCGAUGUUCUGAUGUCGAGAUAUUGCUAUCUUAAAGGGUUGCUAAGUUAGCCUGUUUUGUUGCUAUGGGGACAACUGACAGCUUAGCGAUGAUACAUCAAAGCUUCUUGCACAUAAGAGUGAUAAAAAUCAACCUCGAUGUCAGAAACUGGACUCGGACAUUAUGUAAAAAUGGCUUGCCAAAUUUUAUUGAAAAUAUAAUGCUCAAUCAGUGUGAAAGAGAUACAUGCAAAAAUGGCUUGGCAUAUCAGUAAAAAUAUGGAGUUUAAAAAUAAUGCUUAAAAUACUUUAUUGGAAAACAAUAGGUCUGAAAAAACUGACAAGAUAUAGCAACAAAAUCUAAUGCAGAACACAGUUAAGUGGACAAAUAUGGGGCUUGUAUAAUUUUGUUUAAUGCCCGGAUUGUUAAAAUGUAAAAUAAAAUAAAAAAUUGUUCAAAAAUGAUAAGUCUGAUUGGCAUGAGGAGAUAUAGCCACAAUCGUGAAUGCAGAAAGCACAUUUUGACAGAAAUUUGGGCCUUGAAGCAUGAACGGCGAGUAGUACUCUCUUAAGACAACAUAACUAGAAUUGGUUUCCAGUGAAGAUGUCAUGGCAGAUUUGGCUAUGAGGCUCUUUUCUUUUUAAGGUAAUCUCUUUUUUAGGUGUUGUGUCUUUUUUUAACCACCUGUCGAUUUAUAACCUCAUCACUGAUCUCGCUACCUGUUUGUCUGAUCUAAAACCUCACCUCUAAUUCUAACACCUAACCAUAAACCUACCAUGGGGUAUUAAUUUGGCGGGGAGUCACAAUUUGGCACACAGCCUAUUCACAUCCUUCUGUCCGUUGAUGUCAGACGAUCACAAGUGAAAAUAUAAACACUGAAGAGUAGCUUAAUACUACAUUGUGUUCUGUGAAGGUUUUAUAUUGGAUCAGUACAAAAAAAGAAAAAGUAUUCAUUAGUUGCACUGACCAAACGUUGUACUGAGGAAGUAUUUUAAAUAAAUGAUGCUUUUAACAUGAUCAAAUAAUCCAUAAAACAAUUUGAACAGUAUACCUGGUUUUAUUCUCAUUUGUUUACGUAUGUAUGAUUUAUUUGUUUAUGUAUUUAUUUAUUUGCAGCCUUGGUAAGUAUAAGACACAUUUUCAAUAAUAUACAGAAUCAUGGUGACUUUUUACUGUUUAUAUUCAUAUAAAGAAUUUAAAAUAAACUAUUUGAUACAUUUCUUACCUCUUCAAGUCUAUGAAGAGUUCUGGUUUUCCCUUUUGAAACUGAAGGUUUGCCACUCAUGAACACAAAUGGUCAAACAUUGACACUGUAGUUGUCAUUUACUGUGUAUGGAGCUGCUGUCUGCUUAAUAAAUAAAUGAUAUCACAAAAAA